AUGGAAAACCAUACUACUAGUAUCGAUGAGGCAAGCCCAACGGAACGUAUUAUAAACAUGAAUGAGGUACUUAGCACCGCUGCACCUUUGAAGGAUUCGGGAGAUGGUGGAUCAGUAAAUGAAAGGCAUACAGACGACAAUGGUAAACUAGAGUCGAAUGUGCCAAUCAUCGAGGAUGUAAUAAAUCGUUCACUGGAUCCGUCAGAGAUACUUGUUCCACAUUCUGGUAACGAAGAGGUUGAAGAUGACAUAGGUUCGGCAAUGAUGGCGCCGUUUUCACCAAUACUACGCCAUCAGCAAGUAUCGCUGAAUUCCACAAGUACUCCUGGAGAGCAUAUCUUCAGGCGUGGUACUCCACUUAACUUAUACAGCAAUGCCACAGAUGUUGGAACUGAACACCCAGCGACACUCCACUCCACUACAACUCUCCUACCGUACAAUUUACGGUCAUCAAAACUUCUUUCCAACAAGCCGCAGCAACUUCUGAAUAGAAGCAGCCAGCAAGUCAAUAGAAGCACUCCUGUUAAUAGUCCCGGUUGCAACGCGCCUGCGAAGAAGAAACUUACGACAACGAAAACAAAACCUGCUUUUAUCAACAAGCUGUGGUCAAUGGUUAAUGAUCCAGUGAAUCAAUCGCUUAUCCACUGGAGUGAUGAUGGCAAAUCUUUCAUCGUCACACAGCGUGAACAGUUUGUCCAUGAAAUUCUUCCCAAGUAUUUUAAGCACUCAAACUUUGCAUCUUUUGUAAGGCAGUUAAACAUGUACGGUUGGCACAAAGUCCAGGACGUGAAAUCGGGCUCUAUACAAAGUAACAGCGAUGACAGAUGGGAAUUUGCAAAUGAAAACUUCAUCAGAGGCAGAGAAGAUUUGCUCAACAAAAUAUUGCGGCAGAAAUCGAACUCAACCAGCAAGGACGGGCCUUAUGGCAUGAGUGUGAAUAGCAGCGGCAACAAUAACCUGAGUGGCGUUCUUAUUUCGAACGGCGAUGAGGUAGAUAUUACAAUAUUAAUAACGGAGCUAGAAACAGUGAAGUAUAACCAGAUGGCAAUUGCAGAAGAUCUUCGCCGUAUUUCCAAGGACAACGAGAUGCUAUGGAAAGAAAACCUUCUUGCUCGCGAGCGCCAUCAAAAUCAACAACAAGCAUUAGAAAAAAUUGUCAAGUUUUUAUCGUCGCUAUAUGGUUCAAACACUACCCGUUUGCUCUCAGAUCAUCUAUUCCAUGAACAACCUACAUCUGCCAUGAACGCCCAGUCUGCUAUGGGAAUGCCAUCCAUGCAAAUGUCUGAAGCAGCUGAAACGCAAGGCACCGGAACAACUGACAACAGCAUAAUGGUGCCAUUUUCGCACCGUCUGCGUCCAAGACUUCUUCUUAAACACAGAAUGACACCUGCUUCGUCCUCUUCUAGUACCGCAGAGUGGAUAAUGGACUCCCCCUCCCAGGAUGCUGCCGCGUCAGCUCCUCCUGAACCUAGCCCAAAUGCAGCUAAAGCUGCGCGUCGAAUUCACGAGGUCAACUCCGACAAUUCCGUGCAUGCAGAUGUAGAUCACGACUCUUUUUUCCAGGACCUACAGGAUAACAUCGACAGGCAGGGAGAAUCCAUCCAGGAAAUACAGGACUGGAUAGAUAAGCUUAGCCCCAAAGAAGUCGUCCUAAGCGGCGGCUCUCCAGAGAACUACAGGGCUCGUUUUGAUCCCCAAGAAUAUCUGUCCGCUCCAAUCCCUCAGCUAUCUUUUACGCCUACAGCUAUUGAUGACUUGUCGCCUGUACCGUCAACGAAUAAGCGCCCGCUGGACGAUGAGGUUGAAGAUAUCCCGCAUAUUUCUUCCGUUACCGCUUCCGCUAACAAAAGGCUCAAAGAUCAUCAAAUAGAUAGGUAA